UGACGUCAGCAGCGGUGGCGUUGCAUCGAGCUGCAGCACUUUCACUUUCAUUUACCAGGAAGAAGCUGCGUUUAAAGCAGAAACUCAUGUGAAGGAAGAAGACUUUCAAAAUGUCAGCAGGCAGUGACGCAGAAGAGCCCAUGGACGUGGAUGGGAAUGAAACGCAGCAACCUCCAGGAUCUCGUGAUGAGCCUCCUAAGGAUCUGAGGACUUCAUUGCAGAAUGAGGAUGAAGUUCAAGUCUCUGCCUCCGUCAAGUGGUCAGAGGAUAAUCUUCCACAGAAAUAUAAAGUGGAACUAACAAGAGUUCUUCAAAGUUGGUCCAACAAAAGCGGAAUCCCAGUUGAGUUCGAUGUAGUACAUGCCUCAGAGGAUGGGAACGCUGUGAUGAAGAUAAAACCUGCUUCAGCCCUGAAUCAUCUUCAGAAACUAUGCGGACAAACACUGACCAGCAAAGAUGGGAAAAUAGUCACAGUGAACUCUAUUUUUCUGACACCGCCAGAGACACAAAAACCAGAUUAUGCUUCAAUGAACGUCCCUUCUUCUUUUGUGUCACACCCACAGAAUGAACAAGUGCAGCUGGGGGAACAAAGUCGUUUCAGCAGUUCAGCAGCAGGUUCUACAGCUGGAGAGGAGACAUGCACUUGUUCUCUCCCAGUUAGCCAUUUCUUGUACGUGAGCCACAUCUACAAGGAGGAAAUGAAACGUAUAGAGAAAGAGAAUGGAGUUGACAUUGCAGCAGAAGUGAUGGUAACACUUAAACCACAGAACCAGAAAGAUGCGGACCCACACAAAGCUCUCUCUGACUUCACAAGCCUUGUCCAGAAGUCCUUAGCUGAAUCCAAUGGCACAACUAUUCCUCUCAAGUUUGUAGAUAAGGAAGAUUGGAGGGACACACUGAAAAUCAUCCAGAAGAACGAGAACAAGCUUUUGCUUACUCUGUCCUCUGAAGAAAUGAUCAUAUGUGGGCCAAACCAAAGUCAAGUGGCCAUCUCUAAGUCCUUAAAUACAGCACAGAAAACCUUUACAAAUACCAGUCGUAUUGUUGGAGAGUCUACAUGGGCGUCUCAAGACACACCACUAACGAUUCGCAUGCGCAUCAAGGACCCUCUCGCCGAUGCAGGACUAACCAUGGAGGAGAACCACUGGAUGCUGAUCACAACCUCUUUCAGUGAGAAAAUAGCUGAGAUCAAAAUGAAGUUUGAUGUGGAUUUUCAGACAUCAGGCAUCAGUCAAGGAAAAGUGGACAUCAGAGCUCGCUACAGAAGCGCUGGAGGAAACGCGUCAAUGGAGAGCCAUGCGGUCAGAGCUCUUCUUCAUCUGUGCCAGAAGAUUACAACAUCACCCCUGGGUUUCACCCAAAACCUCGGUGCCAGUUGGUUCAACGGCUCGCUGAAGAACAGUGAUUAUCAGUCAGAGGGGGACGCCAGUGGACCUGCGUCGGACGGAAAGCCAGGAAACAGCAUGAACAACUCUGAAGCAGCCACAGGAGGGGCAGCAACAGACAAUGAAGACAAAACCUGUCCUAUAUGCAUGGAUACAUUCACCAAUAAGAAAAGUCUGAAGUGUAAACAUGGAUUUUGUGAGGAAUGCCUGGAACAAGCGAAGAAAAGCAUGGGACCCAUCUGUCCUUUGUGCAAAGAUGUCUUCGGUAAGAUAGAGGGAGACCAGCCAGAUGGAAACAUGUCAUUGACAACAAGUACCAUGUCCCUCCCUGGAUUCUCACACUGCGGCACUAUAGUCAUCGACUAUAAUAUUCGAUCAGGGAAACAGACGAAAAAACAUCCCAAUCCUGGACAGCACUACGGUGGUAUUCACAGAACAGCAUAUCUGCCAGACAACAGCGAGGGCCGAGAGGUGCUGAAACUGUUGAAGAAAGCAUUUGACCAGAGGCUCAUUUUCACUAUUGGGACAUCCAGAACAACUGGGUUGGACAACCAGGUGACCUGGAACGACAUUCACCAUAAAACCUCCACAACUGGUGGACCACAAAAUUUUGGUUAUCCUGACCCUGACUACCUGAGCAGAGUGAGAGAGGAGCUGAAGGCUAAAGGCAUCAAGUGAAGACUAGAUACAAAGUGGCUUUGGAGAGUUGUAGUCACAAGUUUAAUUUUACAUGCAAGAAGAAAAAGUUCAAAAACUAAGUUGAUUAUUUAAAACAAGAAAUUACUAGAAUGCAUGCAUUAUUGUACUGUAUGCUGUUUCUUCUCUUUUUAAUUAUAUUAUCAUAAAGGGUUGCUUUGAGGUGCACUGGACAGUAUUUACUUUACUUUCUUCUGUUUUUCUGAUUUAAAGUUUUUCAGUUUUUAACAGUAAGAAUGAAACAUAAAUGUAACCUUAAGUUCACAGUACACAAGAUUUACUGUUUACUUAAUAAAUGAUUAAACCAA